ACGUUUACCAUUUGCUGGUCCUCUCCCUAAAUGUUUCGCCGCUUUGGUGAUGUAAACUACGGAAGUUCGUCCCAACCAUGGCUGAAAGUAGUGAAGCUCUCUUCGCCAUUCUGCAGCAACGCUGCAGUCUGCUAGAUAGCAAAAUUAAAGGCUUCAACCUCGUCAACAAGGCCUUGCAAAUGAAAACCUGUCAGCUAGUUGAUUUCAUCAACAGGCAAGAGGACUGUUUCGGCUUGAUUACCAAAGAAUAUGAUGAGCUUUCCAACGACAUCAACAGUAUCCAGGCUGUCAUUGAAAAAUAUUCUUGGGAGUUAGAGGAACUCAAGUCCAGAAUUGACCAGUACCUUUCAACCGGAAGUUCAAAGUCCAAUCAGCCUUUGGGUACAAACGCACCGAACAUUCCACAGGUCAUUCUGCCACCAGUUACUUCGAACUAUCCUCCCCACGGACAGCAGACGAACAAACUACGGCUUCGAGCUCAUCUACCCAACAAUCAGUUCACCUUAGUCGAAGUAAAACCUGGACAGCAAAUUCAACACGCUUUGGGAAAAAAACUCUCCCACAGAGGGCUGCAACUUCAGCAACUGGUAGUCAAUCGACUUCGUUCAGGUUUACCUGUAUCCUGGGAGGAUGACGCCGUCCAGAUCGCACUUGCCGGAGAGGAUUUAAUUGUGGAUUUUGCCAGAGGCAGUGUAAAGCGCUCGGAACAUCAAUUUCAGCGGAAAACCUUUUUUGACAAGGCACACUGCAAUCUCUGCCACAAGUUCAUACUUCACGGUAUUAUUUGCAAAGGUUGUGGUGCGGUGUAUCAUCAGCGCUGCCUUCCUCGAGCUGAUAUGACUUGCCUCGCCGUGUUGGAAGACGAAGUUUUCUACAGUAGUGAUCUACCUGGUGCGCGACAUUUGCCGACCACUUCGUCCGGUUCUGUUGGAUCCAACUGGCUAACCCCCAAAACCCUCGCGACCCUACCUCAUGGUGCCUACAAGCGAUAUCGAAACACUCCGGGCGACGCCACGGUGCGUCUGCCAGGAGGCAGUAUGGCGGACGCCUAUCUGCAUGCCGGCUUCGUCACACCUCACGAGCACCAGUCUCGCCAGUAUCUAACCCCAACCAGCAGGGAACGGUCUUCCUCUACUCCAAACGUCUCGAACAAUGUGGUUCCUCCUCCAGCAGGGUCUCCUUACGCCAUUAACUCUUUUGGCAAGCGUGACGCACAACGAUCGCAGCAACAGAUUGAAUGCAGUGCAAUAGGACACCCAUACAUGGCCUCUGGCGAUGCCUCAUCCGCUUGUGCAGUAGUGACCAACGGAGGAGUGUGUCAGUCCUGUGGUCAUGUUCACGUUGGCGGCAACGAGGCAGGAACCGCGUUUGACGGAAGCGUAUCUGACGUUAAACAGCAAUCCUCGAAAUCUCGGGCCCGCCGCGACUCCAAUGAGGAAUGGGAAAUACCUACAGCAGAAAUCACCAAGGGCCCACGCAUUGGGUCUGGAUCGUUUGGAACGGUGUUCAAGGGCUACUGGCAUGGAAAUGUGGCAAUUAAAGAACUGAAUGUCACCAAUCCCAACCCACAACAACUGGAGGCGUUUAAAAACGAAGUCAAUGUGCUCAGAAAAACGCGUCACACGAACAUUCUCCUUUUCAUGGGUUGUGUCUCCAAGCCCUGCCUUGCAAUCGUUACACAGUGGUGUGAGGGUUCCAGUCUUUACAAGCAUCUGCACGUGCUCGAAGGUCGCUUUGACAUUCCCGAAUUGGUUGAUAUUGCUCGACAAACUUCACAAGGAAUGGAUUAUUUACAUGCGAAACACAUCAUUCAUCGAGACUUAAAGUCGAGCAACAUCUUUUUGCAUGACCGAACUGUGAAGAUUGGGGAUUUCGGACUGGCCACUGUUAAAAGCGGCUGGUGGAAUAGUGGAUUUCAACAACCAACGGGUUCCAUAUUCUGGAUGGCACCUGAGGUCAUUCGAAUGCAGGGCGAUACACCAUACACCAAUUUGUCCGAUGUUUAUGCAUUUGGUAUCGUCCUGUACGAGCUAAUCACCGGCCAGCUACCUUACAGUCGAUUCAACAACCGUGACCAGAUUUUGUUCCUGGUUGGUCGUGGUCUUCUGAAGCCAGAUAUGAGCGAGGUGAGGUCGGAUAUUCCGAUCGACCUAACUCAACUAACUGUUGAGUGUUGCAGUUUCGAACGAUAUGACAGACCUGCAUUCUCACAGAUCUAUCAACGCCUGGACAGCUUAUAUCGAUCCCUACCCAAACUUCAACGUUGCUCCUCAGAGCCUACGUUGAAUGCAGCGCGCUUCGAACGGCCCGACACCUGUGAAUUGACGGCCUAUUUGAACGUGUCCCCAAAAACUCCACUGAAUUCCGUCAUAACCGACAAUGUGUUCUUUUUUUCCGAUCGCUCCAAAGAAGUGUCACUUGCGGUUCCUGGAUUGACAAAAGACAAACGUCCGAUGGAGCAGUUGUUGGAGGAGGAUUCCAAAAAUCCUCUGGAACCCUCUGAAACGGAUUCUUAAUCUUAUCGUGAUUAUGUAUUGAUCAUUGGACUUUGUUCUUGUGUCUCUGUACCGUUUUUCAACGUCGCUUGACUUCACUGACUUUCUGACACCGUACCCCUCUUUCCCACUUCCUGAUCAGUGACUGUGAUUCAAAGCCUUGUCAACCAAGACGUUUUUCUUAUUAUAUUUUCUCAGCAG